CUUCCUUGUUUGCCCUGUAUAUUACCUGUUGUCAUUGCAGACUCACCUGUAGCCUUGCCAGAAAGGAGACAAGAAACUAGAGGUAGUUCUUGGACAAACUGUGGAUGUGAAGAGUGACAAGAGAAAUAACAGAAGAAGUUACCAACCUCAUCAUCCUCCAUCAUGUCUUUGUCCAAACCGGAGGAGCAGCUUGUUUUCGAGCUAAGUUGUGCCAUCUGCCUUCAGCUCUACUCUGAUCCUGUGGUUCUCCCCUGUGGGCACAACUACUGCCGAGCCUGUAUCUGCAAGACCACUGACACAGGCAAGAGUGGAAAAACGCUUCUACGUUGCCCCGAGUGUCGUGAGGAAUAUGAGGGUAUGGACUCCUUGCAGAAAAACUUCAAACUCUGCAGCAUUAUCGAGGGUUACCGAGCCGUCACACCACAUCUGGACUGGCAGACUGACGCUAAGCCUGAGAAGGUGGAACUUUUCUGUGACCACUGUAUAGAUGAACAGUCACUGGCUGUGAAGACCUGCCUGAAGUGUGAAGUGUCACUGUGCUCCAGGCACCUUCAGAGACACCACGAAAAGGAGUCAUUCAAGACACACUCUGUGGUGGACCCUGUGAAAGAUCUGGGAAUGAAGAGAUGUGCUAUCCACCAACAUCUGCUUGAAUACUUUUGCUCCAAUGACAUGACCUCACUGUGCAGCACAUGCUUCAGAGAAGGCCAUCACCAAAACCAUGAUGUUCUCACCUUCAGUGUAGCUGAAAAAGAAAUGAGGAGAGCGUUGGAGAGCCGCAACAAGGUGGUUUCCUGCAGGCUGCACAUGACUGAGAGUCUCCUACAGAAGACGGCAGAGGAGCAGGGAGCCUCUGAAGCUAUAGGAGACAAACUGAUCAACAAGACGGUCACACUCAUUGACAGUAUGGCUGCACUAGUGGACAGGUACAGGGAGCGUCUGCAUAUGCUUUUGGAGGAGGAGAGAGGCCAGCGCAGAAAAAGUUGGCAGCUUGGAAUGAGUGCACUGGAGGAGCACCAGCAGCAGCUGCUGGAGGCCCAGCGAAGUGCCACAGAGACCCUCAAUGAGACUGACACAUGCAUCUUCAUACACAGGUUCAUUCUGAUAGAACAUAAGCUGAGAGAGGCUGUCGAAGGUGCCAUUCCUUCCACAAUCCCCUCAAAGGAAGCACUCAACACCAGGCGUCUCCAGACAGGCCUCAAAACCCAAGACUUCCGCUCAGAAAUGACCCGCCUCCUGGAUUCUCUGUAUAUCCUCCUCAACCCCCUAGACCUCACCUUCAACAUCUACACUGCCCACCCCAGUUUGAUAGUGUCCAAUGACCUGCGCACAGUCAAGUACAGCUCUACCAAGCAGCCAUAUCCAGAGCAUCCAGAGCGUUUCACAAGCGCACCUCAGGUUCUCUGCAGCCAGGGUUUCUCGGGUGGCGAGCACGUAUGGGUGGUUGAAGUGGGGGCCAACAGCAUGUGGUCACUGGGCGUGUGUUACAAGAGCAUCCCUCGCCGUGGUGACCACAGUCGUCUAGGACACAACUCUGUGUCCUGGCGACUGCAGUGGAAAAACAGCAAGCUGACAGUAUGCCAGUCCUCCUGUAAUGUGGCUCUGGGGGAACUGACCCAUCAGCCAUUGAGGAUUGAGGUAGCACUGGACUAUGAGGCGGGCACAUUAACGUUCCACAGCACCAAAGGGCGCAGGGAGCACCUCUACACCUUCAGGGCUGUGUUUAGGGAGCCAGUUUACCCAGCAUUCAGUAUCCAUUCAAACACACCAGAGUCCUGGAUCACACUGCACAGUGGGAUAUGAUAGCAUCUGUUAUUUUUUAAAUAUUUCUCAAGCACAGAAUUAAUUUAGGUGUUCAACCAAGUAAACUGGCCUCCCACUGAGAUUGUUCUUUGUACUUUUGCAGUUUUGUACAAAACUCUGCAUGGAUACAUGAAAAAGUACAGGUUGAUUCAAUCCAUGAUAAGACUCUGAUUAACAAAUCCUGACAAAUUAGUGCAUUUGUGUGUAACUGUAGUAGAAAUGUGACAUUCCUUGGAGCUAAGCUGGGAGGUGUAACAUUCUGCAGCUAUCCUACUACAAAUAAACGCUGAACUUUGCCAUGUGCUGUCUUAUAAUGCCUUGCUAUUAUACAAAAGUGUUUGUUUAGUAUAUAGCGUGACUGCAUUAUGGAUACUUAUUAAUCUCAUUAGAAAAUUUGUUUACAAAAACUUAAUAUGUUAUGUUAUGUUAUUUGUGAUCAGGGUGAUUUUUGUGCAGUGUAAAUCUCAGUAAAGGUCUAAUAUAAAUUAAUUAGCUUUUUGGGAUUUUCUGUGGUCAUUUGUCCAAGAUGCUUACAGUUGGCAUGUUUCCAUUUUGUCUGUUUGUUGAGCGUUUACUGACUGCAUCUUGUGGGGUGUGUCUUGCCUUUAUUUCCUUUAUAUACUGUAAACACUGAUGUGCGGGAGCCAUGCUUGUGUUUAUGUUACAAAUAAACUCUGACAAUAAUGUUUGUCU